AUUUUGAUUGCAACAUAAAUUCGAAUAACGACUUGUUCUGAGUAUGUUACUUGUUUUUAAAUUACACCGUAAUGUGAUUUUAUUUGGUAUUUAAACAGAGACACAAUUAGGAAUCAUUCACUCUGAUAAGACACUUUAGGACUACAAUAUGAAAUCGUUGGUAGUGUUUGCUUGUCUGGCAGCAGUGGUGUUGUGUGCACCUCCCAAACCCGCGACCGAUGACGCGUCCCUGAGGUUCUUGCCAGCAAUUAGACACGAAGAGGUCCACGAUGAAUUCGGCCAGUACGCGCUUCGGUAUAUCACAGCUGAAAAUACAGUCGUGUCGGAGCGCGGCAAGCUAGUGCCGAGCCAACGCGGCGGUUACGUGUUAGAGAUCGAGGGCCAGUACAGCUUCAUCGGAGACGACGGCAAGGUGUACGUCACCAAGUACAGAGGUGGUCCCGACGGCUUCCACGUCGACGCCAAACACUUACCGCAGCCCGUCCGACCUUUACCUGUUUAAAUAAUAAAUGAAUUUCACACAUUA